AUUAUGGACAGCGUAGAGGAAGUAAACAUAAAAUAGGUCUGGGUUGCGGAGUAGAAUUAGAAUGAGCAAUAGUUGUUUGUUGUAAUACUAAAAAUGGACCGUUUUUCGUGGUCAAAUGGGCUCUUAGAAAUAAACGAAACUUUAGUGAUCCAGCAACGAGGUGUCAGACUAUAUGACGGUGAUGAUAAGGCUAAGCUGGACGUUGGAGUUGUCUUGUUGAGCACCCAUCGGUUGAUCUGGAGGGACGUUAAAAAUCAUGAAUGCUGCAUAGCCAUGCCCCUGUCACAGAUCAUCCUCUUUGAGGAGCAAGCUGCAGGAAUUGGAAAGAGUGCAAAAAUAGUUAUCCACCUGCAUGCAACACCUGCCAACAAGGAGCCAGGACCCUACCAACACAGCAAGUACUCCUUCAUCAAGCUGUCCUUCAAAGAACAUGGGCAGAUUGAGUUUUACAGGAGGCUAACCGAGGAAAUGACUCAGAGGAGAUGGGAGAAUACACCAGUUUCACAACCCAUCUCCACAGGAACCGGCUCUCAGGCAGGAAGAAUACGCGCUGUGGGGAUUGUUGGCAUUGAGAGAAAGAUAGAGGAGAAGAGGAAAGAAACAGACAAAAACAUUUCUGAGGCCUUCGAGGAUCUCAGUAAGCUGAUGGUGAAGGCCAAAGAGAUGGUGGAGCUGUCCAGGUCUAUAGCCAACAAGAUCAAAGACAAGCAGGGAGACAUUACAGAAGAUGAGACAAUACGGUUUAAGUCCUACCUACUAAGCAUGGGUAUUGCUAACCCUGUUACCAGGGAUACAUAUGGAUCGGGCACACAUUACCAUAUGCAGCUGGCUAAGCAGCUGGGAGAUAUGCUACAAGCUCCUCUAGAGGAGCGUGGCGGUAUGAUGGCUCUCACUGAAGUGUACUGUCUUGUCAACCGUGCUAGAGGGAUGGAGCUUUUAUCUCCAGAAGAUUUAGUAAACGCGUGCAAGAUGUUUGAGUCGCUGAAGCUCCCGUUGAGGCUGCGUGUGUUUGACAGCGGUGUGAUGGUGGUCCAGCUGCAGUCUCACAGCGAAGAGGAAAUGAUAGCCUCAGCACUGGACAAUGUGUUAGACAAAGGCUCUUUGACAGCAGAGGAGUUUGCGAAGCUCUUGGGUCUCUCCGUUCUUCUGUGUAAAGAACGGUUGUUGCUGGCUGAGAAGAUGGGCCACCUGUGUAGAGACGACUCUGUUGAGGGUUUGAGAUUCUACGCAAACCGCUUUUGAACUUUUUACAGUCAUCAUUGUUGAGAUAGAAAAAAUAACUUAAACUGGGCUGCACUGUCUGUGCUGAUAGACUGAUUUAUUGCCACUACAUGUACUUACUGCGGUACAGCAGCAGAGUGCCUGCUGUACUUUAAGCGCAAUAAUGUACCUACCCAGUCUGGUAAUGAUUUUUGUCAACGGUUGGUGGUCCAGUAGUGGUAGAUCUCUGCAAUCCACUUAACGUACUACCAGCUAUUUUCUGUCUAGGUUUAAAGUUAGACUCAGUCUAUAAAGUUUAUCAAGGAGAUGCUUUUUGCUCUUGAAACUGAUCAAAUAAAUGCACAAAUACUGUACAUGCAGUGUUACCAGAUGUGCUCUACUUGAUGAAGUGGUCAUCAUGAGCGUUUAUUAAUAAAUGGGUUUGGGAAAAUUUAGUCAAUGGAAUACACAGUGUAAAUUUUUUCACAUAUUCUUGUUGCAGAGCUCACACCUUUUUUUAUUUUUUUAUUUUUAUUUUUUUAUAUACAAGUAGUGUUUGUAGAUUGUUAUGAAGAGUGUCAUGCUAUCUCAUCAUCUGCAGAGGCAAAGAAUAUGCCUACGUAUCAAGGUUUCAAUGAAUCUAAAAACCUUACAUCAUCUUUCAGCAUGUGUGUCAGCACUUUGGCACAAACCUGGUUUGUUUUCAAUGCGCUCUACAAUUAAAUGACUUUGACCGUGAUAUUUGUCUAUUCUCCAGUUAAAUUGUCAUUGAAUAACAUUUAAAAGGCAUUCAACAAAAAAACAUGCCUGAUCUGCUGUCACUUUUGUUCACAGCUAAUUAAAUGUAGGGCAUGUUGCUAAAAGUAAUUAUUCAGCCAAUUAAUCCCUUCAUUGCAGAGGUUGGGUUUAAAAAGAUCAGCACCCUUUAAAUUGGUGCAGUAACGCUUUCAAAACAAGUGUGUGUAAAAUGGCAUUACCAUAUCUACUCACAGUAUAUCAUACUAUAUAUUUAGAGUAACUAUGGAAGUAUUAAUAUAUGCUUGUGAUAAUGAGCAUAUUGUAAUAAAUCCCAACUGGUAGCUUCAUGUCUAAACUUUAUACUUUCUGCUGGAAGUGUUGCCACUGUACUUGUAUUUUUAAUAAAUGUACAUCCCUGCAGGGCUUCUUACACA